AUGGGUCGCAAUACUACCGAUGUUGACGACGAUAAAAAUGACAAAUCAUCAGAAAAACAAGCAGCAAAUGAAUCCGAAUCAGAUUCCGAUUCAGAUCUUGAUGAAGAAGAAUAUAUUGUUGAAAGAAUUGUUAAAAUGCGUACAACAAAAAAAGGCAAAGUUCAAUAUUUUCUAAAAUGGAAAGGUUUUCCUGAAAAUGAAAAUACAUGGGAACCUGCAGAAAACCUUGAAUGUCCUGAAUUAAUAGCAGCCUUCAUGGCUGAACAAAAAGAAAAACAACAAGCAUCAGCAUCAAAAAGUGAUGAUACUUCAUGUCCCAAACGAUCUCGUAGUACUAGUAGUAACAAUAAUAAUAAUCAUAAUCACAAUAAUUCCGAUGGUGAUAAGACUCAUAAUAAUAAUAAUAAUAACAAUACUUCUCAAACUAAACGACCUCGUAUUGAAUUUGAUCAAACUGGUUAUGGUCGUGGUCUUGUGCCAGAUAUGUUAUUAGGUGCAACAGAUAUAUACGAUGGAGAAUUAAUGUUCUUAGUAAAAUGGCAAGGAGUAAAUAAAGCCGAGCUUGUUCCAUCACGUAUUGUGAAUAAACAAUCUCCACAACUUGUGAUAAAAUUUUAUGAAGAACGAUUAACAUGGAAUUCAACAAAUACUAGUAAUAAUAAUUCAAAUAAUAAUAAAAAAGCUUAA